GCGUGGCCAUAAUUAAAGUUCAGACGCGCCGCGGCAGCAGUACGGGUUCGGUUGUCGGCCACCGCGAAAGUUCAACUGCGCUGUCUGCUACGUCCGCCGCACACACAUGCAGGGAAGUUUGAUUUACUACCCACAUGUACUAUCAAUUACGGCGGGUUAGAAGACAGAACAAAAGUCCUAUAAGAAUAUCGUUUAAAAGRUAUUCGAAAAUAUGGAGACUGAUUAAUGCAAGUUUCAUGAAAACAAUAAAUUUCGCYAUCAGCUUUCCGAUAAUUGUAUUGUUAUUUCUUAUCAUACCAGUCACUCUUGUGUUCAAAUGGAUUGUGUCAUUUACUCACCGAAUUGUCUGUCUAGGAGUAUUUCUUGCUCACCGAUGUCUAGCAGAUUGGAUAUCUUUGGCUAAAUUAUUAUGCACUUGUUUGUCAGAUACAAAACCAUACUACCAUACUUCAGAAAAUCCAACAAAAAUGCGAUAUUUGACAAGCGUAGCGAGAACUGUGAUGACUGGACCUGCAGAAAUAUUAUGGAAAAUGAUUACCCCAAUCAAUGAUGACAAUAUAGUGACUCCGGAUCCCCUAUCGUUAAACUAUAACAUAAGUUGGUCUUGUUUUCAAGGGGCUUUAUCCAAAGUAAACCGAAUUAAUCAAGUGACUAAAACUCCAAACAGUGAUGUGGUUUUGUCUGCAAUUGCUGGAUCGUUGCAUGUUAUGAUGAAAGUUAUUGGACAGCAAAAAUUGGACAACAUGAAUAUUGUUUACCCUGUACAAUCCGGGAAUACUGACCACUCGUCACCAGUUCUCAUUCGUUUACCAAUAGGCGUUGAAGGCGCCAUCCCAAGAUUGUGGUUUACCAAGAAAGCGAUGCAAAAUAUGUAUCAAUCGGACCAAGCUUUAUUGCCAGYAAUAGUUUCUUUAUUAAUGCCACUCCAUUCUUCGGGAACCAGAACACUGUUAUCUGGGCUCACGGACAAUUUGGCUUGCCUACAAUUUAGUUGGGUAUCUGGUCCAAGGUCAAGAAUAAUAAUCAAAGGAUCUCCAUUAAAAACAGUUUACUCUGUACUGCCRUCUCAAAAAUCUAUCGGUGUUUCAGUGUCAGUAUUUACAUACACCGAUGAUAUAUUUAUUAGCGUUAGUGCGGACAGUGCGAUUGGCGAAGGGUUUGGUGAAACUUUAUUGCUCAACAUAAAACGUCAAAUUGACCAGAUGUACGAGCUGUUAAGAUACAGGCGAAUACCAAAGGAUUUAAAGAGCAGCUUUUUAAUAUCGAAUAAUUUUAAGGAUUUAUCGUCUAUAGAUGUUGAAGGGAUUAUGAAGAAAAUGAAAGAUAUUCAGUUACAACUACAAAUGGCUAAAGAACUAGGUGUUUAUAACGACGACGGGAUAAGACACGUAAAUCAGCUAAGAGGCGAGUACUCAAUUUUACUUCGAGAACUACGAAAAAGGAAACACAAAAAUAAAAGAAAUAUUAUUCAGUUAUGUUGUGAAAAAGAAGAAACUAAGGCGGCCCAAGCUACAAGAAAAUUACAAGAAGCAACUAAUAUAUUUGUCGCACAAACUGCUCAAGAUUACCGUCCUAAAUUACAUAUUUGUAAGAGUACUGUUUAUGCUAAAGACAAUUUUUUAGGAUUACCUAAAUUACCUAGGGAACAACUACUCACUCAGAUCUAAAUGGUAUUUCAGUUUUUGAAUUAUUCGAUGUAUAUGAUUUUACAUCUUUUAAUCUGUGCUUCUUUAGCUCAGAUAUUUUUUCUUAAAUUGAAAGGCUAACUCUUUAAAAGACUUGACUAAUUUACUUUUGACAUUUUUUUCGUCAUGYUAUAAAAUAUAUUUUACAAAAGAUUCAAAUAAUAUAUUAGUGUACYUACUUAUCGUUCACUUAUAGAGAUGUGUAGUUGGUUAUCACGGAUUUCGAGAAAAUURUAUAAAGUUUUGUUUUAUUAAUUUUGUAAAUUUGCGUACACAAUUUCGAUUCUUCUUCGGUAGGUCAUAAAUUACAAUGAUUACAUUAAUUAUAUGCUACCUUAUUAGUGAAUUACAAUUAUAUAAAUAUUUUUUUAAAUUUUAAAACWUUGUGACUUCCACUAUACUAAGUAGGGUAAUAAGACCAAUCAAACAUAAAUGCUCAGAUCUUGAAUUAUUGUUACUUAACACCAAUAGUUAAAUUUUAUUUAAAAACUUUUACCUAAUUUAAUUUUCAAAUAUAAUCUAGAAUAAAUAAUCCACUGUAWAAGGGUACUUUGAUAACACUUAUGUUUUGCUUUAGGGAAUUUUUCUAUUUA